AUGUUCCUCUACCAGCUCCUCAGUUUCUUCUUCACCACCUCCAAGAAGGAGGAGAAGGAGGAGGACCCGGCCUCCGGGUACGACUUGUCCCGGUACAAGAGGGGCGACCUCCUGGAGGUGCCCCGGACCCUCUUUACGCAUUUUGGCAUCUACCUGGGCGACGGCCGGGUCGCCCACCUCAUCCCGGACAUUCUCCCCGUCGUCACGCGCGACAAGACGGCCGUGGACAAGAUGGUGACCAACAACCGCUUGCUUCUGGGCGUGGUGGCCAAGGCGGCCAGCGUGCGAGUGGACUCGCUGCGGGACUUUGCGUACGGAUCGCCGGUACUGGUGAACCGAAUGGACGGCGUGUGCAAGCAGCCGCCGCUGGACGCAGACGAGGUGGCCAGAAGGGCCGAGAAGCUGCUGGGGGCCGUCGCCUACAGCCUGCUGUGGUACAACUGCGAGCACUACGUCAUGUACUGCAGAUACGGCAUGGCUAUCAGCUACCAGACCUAUCAGUUCUGCACAACGGUGCGCAAGAUUGUGUGCAGCCGCACCAGCUCAUACGUCACGGCCCUGUGCGGCGCAGCCGUGCUGCUUUACCUGGGCUGUGCCACGCCCGUCACCCUUUUGGCCACGCUGUUACUGUCCUUCAUCAUCUGGAUGGCAGCCUAGAAAGGCCUCGGCAAAACAUUGCCUUCAAAUAACAAUGGUUAACAUUUUGGACUGGAAAAUACAUAUUGGCAAGUACGUUAAUAAUAAUUGUAAAAAUACUGCAACUAAAUGAAUGUUAGAAAAGUACAUAUUGUAAAUACAUAUACAUAUAUUUACAUUCAUAUGGAAUAUGAAUUGGAACACAUCCAAUAUUUUCAAAUAAACUUAAAUAUUGCAAGAGGUUAAAAUAGAAAUAUUUUUACUUUGACCUAUAUGUGUUACAAUAUUUUUGAUAAAAAUGAAUGUAGUUUUUAUUUUAUUGUAUAUUAUGCUGAGUACAUAAAAUUUUGCGAAUGGGCUACCAAAAAGCUAACGUUGGUAUUACAGCGCUACCUGUUGCUUCAUUUGUUGUACAUUUACUGUAAAUGUUCAAUGUCUUUUUAAAAACAUCUUUAUUACUUUAUUUUCUUAUUACAGUGUUAAAAAUGGUA